UUUUUCUAAUUAUAAAAUGUAAUCAUUUUUUUAAUUUUUUCUUUCUUCCUUUCCUGUUUCAAGUUAUUUAAAUAUAGAUUCUUCAUUAAAACUAUCUAGAUUAUUAUUAUUUGCAUGUUCAAUUUCUUCUUUAAACUUGAGUUUUUCUUCAUAUUUUUUUAUUAUUUGUUCUACUUUUUUUCCAAAUUUUCUUCUUAUUUGAGACAUUCAAAUUUAUUUAGUAUUUAUAAACAAAAAUCAAUAGAAUUUUAUUUUUAGUUUAAAUUUUCUUCCAAUUAAUUAAUUUUCUUUGAUAAUUUGGCAUUAUUUUGUUCUAAUUCUUUCGUUUUUUUCGUAUUUUUAUUUAAGUCUUCUAAUAAAUGUUAUAAUUAGUCGUUUUAACCUUCAAUUAUUUUAUUUUUUUCCAUUAUUUCAGCCAUUUUUUACAUUAGUUAUUCUUCUAAUUAGUCUAUUUUUUCAUUUAAAUUAUUUUCAUUCUCAUUUUAAUUAUCUUCUUCGAACUCAUCAAAAUUUAUAUUUAAGUCUUUAUUUUAAUUUUAUUUAAUGUCUUAAUUUUAUCUUAUGGUUAAAAUUUCACUAUUGUUUAUAUUUUAAUUUAAUGUUUAACUUUAUCUUUGA